CUCAAGCGCCGCGCGUCACGACCUCAUCGCUACGCGUCUAUACACAAGUCAACCUGCGUUUUAACGGCUCCAGCGUUGUUGUGGACAUACUAGGCACCACAUCGUCACUUUUUCUCGCUUUUUUCGAGCGAAAUUCGUGCCCUACUUACCUGCACUUCGAGCUCACUGCUACGCGUCCACAUAUCAAGUCAACUGCGUUUUAAGCGACUCUGGCGCUGUUGUGGACAUACUAGGCACCAGACUAUCACUCUUUUCGCUUUUUCCAAGCGACAUUCGUGCCUCACAUACCCGCACUUUGCUACGCGUCUAUAUAUAAGUCAACUGCAUUUUAAGCGACUCCGGCACUGUUGUGGACGUACUGGUGCCGCACUAUCGCCUUUUUUUUUGCCUUUCAGAGCAGAAUUUGCACAUUUGCAUACCUGCACUUGGCUGCGCACUCUAUACCUACAAUUAGAAUGAAGGGAGGCAACUAUAAUCCAUCCGGGAAUAAUCAACAUGGUAAAAAAGUUCAAGCAGAUAAUCCAAAGCUUGAAGAAGCACUUCUUGAAUAUAAUCGGCGCCUUAUUACAAAUGCUAAGACAAUUAGUGAACUUCUCCAAAAGGAGUAUGGAUGGGAAAUAAGUGAACGGACUGUAAAGUGCCGAAAGGCUGCCCUUGGCAUUUAUGCAAGUGGCAGGAAUACUAAAGAAAUACCAGACAAUGCAAAGGCCCAACUGGUACUUGAUGCCAUUGAGGCUAAUCCUAGUGGGAGUCAUGGUCCAAGGACAGUCCAACAAGAAAUUGCAUACAAUACUGGAAUACCAUUGACACGGGACUUCAUAAGUGAGACCAUGCAUUGUCAUGCUCCAGAAGGUUUUGAGGCCCGCAGACCAGAUGCCCAUCAAAUCAAACGUUCUGGACUGACAUCUGCAGGUAUUCAUGAAGAAUGGUCUGGUGAUGGCCAUGACAAACUGAAUAAGAUGGACAAAGCCAGUGGAAUGUGGCUCGGUCUUUGGGUCAUCCCAAACAAUCGCCUUGGUGAGGUAAUUGGUUACCUUUACUUGUGUUUGGUUGAGACUUUUGGUGGGAUUCCUAAGCAGUCUACCACAGACCAUGGUUCUGAGACCACUGUUCAGUUUGGUUUUGCAAAUGCACUUCGAGAUGCAUUUUACCCUGAUUCAAAUUCAUGUGACUCACCAGCUCACAGGUUUCUUCAAAGUAUUCAUAAUAUCACAAUAGAAAGGGGAUGGCAUCGACUCAAAGUGCAAUGGGGAGAUGAUGUACUUGUCUUCUAUCAACAUGGAAUAGAUGAAGGCAUCUGUAACCUAAGCAAUCCCCUGCAGAAGACACUUUCAUUAUGGCUUUGGUCCUCAAUUUUGCGCAGAGAUAUCAAGGAUGUCCAGUCAAAGCUGAAUGCUGCACGUGUGAGGAAAGUACAAGGGAAAAAACUUCCUUCUGGCACAUCAGCAUAUGAUGUUUUCACUUUCCCUGAUAAGUAUGGGUUGGAGAAUUGCCUAAUCCCUGUGGAUGUGAACAUAGUCCAUGAGAUGAAGAGUGCCAUGGGUGGUGACUCACUUUUGGAGUUUGUUUCCCUGGAAUUUUCACAGAAAGCAAUUGCUGCAUAUGAGGCAAUAGGCUCUCCAGCUCUCAGUAUGCAGAAUGCUUGGGAUGUAUUCAAGCUACUGUUGUCUUACAUGUCUAUGUGAAAUAGCAGAUUCAAGAUAUU